AUGGCUUUCCAACCUCAGGUUCUAGAUCGCUCUUUCUUGGAGACCUCCAGUCGAUUCUCUAGCACUUCUUCAGAUGAGGUCCCGGCGUCAUCUCAUUUUCUACUGAGGGCCAGGGAGGACCUCCGCUGCGAUUUGAAGAUUUUGGGAAGCAUCCCCCUGCUCGAAAUGUCCAAGGGUACUCUCAUUUUAGUCAUCAGCCCCCUGUGGCCGCGGCCCCGGCCCGGUAGAUGCGCCGCGGUACUCCCGGCACUGUCGGCUUCCUGGCAGGGAAAGCCACUCCCAGAAUGCACUGCUCCCAAGAUGGCGGCGCCCAGUAACCGGCAAGCCCCGCAUCCUUUCAGCGGCUUUCCUAUCCAGAUACCCGGGGUGAAGACCGAAGGCAGCGGCCAUGCGGGGGGACAAGAGGGGCUCCCCAAAAAGCCCUGUAGGGCCUGCGUGGACUUCAAGAGCUGGAUGAGGCAGCAGAGGAAGGAGAGCACGGCGGCCCAGGAAGCUGACAUUGAAGAUAAGGAAAGACCCCCUGAGUGCCCCUUAGACCGGGAGGAGCUUGGUAGAAACACCUGGUCGUUUUUACACACGAUGGCAGCUUAUUACCCAGAUCACCCCUCUACCAACCAGCAGCAGGAGAUGAGAAGCUUCAUCGGCCUCUUCUCCAAGUUUUAUCCCUGCGAUGAGUGUGCGGAGGACCUGAGAGAGAGGUUAAAGACCACGCAGCCUGACACGAGCAGCAGACACAGGUUGUCCCAGUGGAUGUGUAUGUUACACAACGACGUGAAUAAAAAGCUGGGAAAGUUGGAGUUUGACUGUUCCAAAGUGGACGAGCGAUGGCGUGACGGCUGGAAGGAUGGAUCCUGUGACUGAUCAGCUUUGUGCAUUGCCAGUGACAAUGGGGCGGCUUUUACCUAAACGUUGAGAUUAAAAUCUUGUCUUGAA